AUGUCGGACGUUCGCGUCAAAUUCAACCUGGCCAACGAAGCCGAUGGCCUCGAGGAGGACGUAAGAAUAUCAUCUUGUUCAUAGAGAAACGUAUAAUUUGUUCUUAGAUCUUCUACCCUCCAGCUCCUCUUCUCGCUGGUGCCCACGUGUCCGGACUCCAAUCAUACCACGACCUCUACCGCAGCUCGAUUGGAAACUCCGACGAGUUCUGGCGCACUGUCGCUUCGGAACUGUAUUUUGAGCAAGGAACCUCGAAAGGACUCGAAUGGAACUUCGACUCGAAGGCCGGAAAUGUGUACUGCAAGUUUAUGGACGGCGCCAAAACGAACAUCUCCUACAACUGCCUGGAACGGAACAUCAAAAGAGGACUCGGAGACAAGAUCGCCUACAUCUUCGAAGGAAAUGAGCCUACUGACACCUCCACUAUGACCUACAAGGAACUCCACGCACAAGUCGUCCGAUUCUCAGCCGUCCUCCGAUCCCACGGAGUCAAAAGAGGAGACGUCGUCGCCCUCUACCUCCCGAUGAUCCCUGAACUGGCCGUUGCAAUGCUCGCCUGCGCCCGGAUCGGAGCUAUGCACUCCGUGGUCUUUGCUGGCUUCUCCGCAGAAUCCCUUGCCGCCCGUGUCGUCGACGCCCGUUGCCGAGUGCUAGUCACUGCCGACGGUGUCUUCCGCGGAGCUAAGCCAAUUGGCCUCAAAUCGAUUGCCGACGCGGCCGUCGCUCUCGCUUCCCAAGAAGACGUCAAAGUGGAAGCCGUGAUUAUGGUGGAGCACUUGAAAAGAGUGACUAAACCGGAAGGAGUCGAGCUUCCCAAGGUGAUCAUUAUCUCGUCAGUCCAAAUCAAAGAAAAAAUUUCGCUUUCAGGCCGAUUACACUCAAAUCACAGUUGUUUACGAUACGGAGAUGCAGAAGUGCGAGAGCGUCGAAUCUGCCGUCGAAUGGAUGGACGCCGAGUCGCCGCUUUUCCUUCUCUAUACCUCGUGAGUAUCGGAAAGCGUGGGAAGAAAAAAAGGCGUUAGAAUAUUCAACACGAUUCUUUUCAGCGGCUCAACGGGCAAACCGAAGGGAAUUCAGCACACGACGGCCGGAUACAUGACAUAUGCGUACGCGACAACGAGAUACACAUUCGAUGCUCAGGAAGAUGACGUUUACUGGUGCACUGCUGACUGCGGAUGGAUCACCGGACACUCAUACCUUCUCUACGGACCACUUAUGAACGGACUCAAAGGAAUCUGGUACGAGGGAGUGCCGACCUACCCAACGCCCACGCGUAUGUGGGAUGUGACCGAUAAGUACGGAGUCACGAAGUUGUACACUUCCCCAACUGCCGCCCGUGCUCUGAUGGCUCUUGGGGACAAGUGGCUUGAGAGGUAACCAACUAUCAAACAAGGACUUCACUCAGAAAAUUAACAUUUUCAGCAGUUCUCGUGCGACGCUCAAAGUCAUCGGAACUGUCGGAGAACCGAUCAACCCUGCCGCGUGGAUGUGGCUGUACAAGAAGGUCGGACUCUCAAACGUCUCCAUCGUCGACACCUACUGGCAGACGGAAACCGGAGGACACAUGAUCACUUGCCUUCCGGGAGCCACUCCAAUGAAGCCGGGAGCUGCUGCGAUGCCGUUCUUCGGAGCCUCGCCCGUGCUGUUGGACGCCGAAGGACGCGUCAUCGAAGGACCGGGAGAGGGAUCUUUGUGCUUCGACCGUGCCUGGCCGGGAAUGAUGCGUGGUAUUUACGGAGAUGAGCAACGCUUCGUGAAGACGUACUUUGCCCCGUUCAACGGAUACUACUUCACCGGAGACGGAGCCCGCCGAGACGAAGACGGUUAUCUGUGGAUCACCGGACGAGUCGACGAUCUCAUGAAUGUCAGUGGACAUCUUCUUUCGACUGCUGAGAUAGAGUCUGCUCUCGUGGCCCACGAGAAGGUUGCCGAAGCGGCAGUGGUUGCGGCCCCGCACGACAUCAAGGGUUCGUUCCCGUACGCCUUCGUCACCCUGAAUGUCGGCGAGAAGAUCAACGAUAAACUUGUGGCCGAACUGAAGAAGAUGGUCCGCGAAAAGAUCGGAGCUCUGGCCGUGCCGGACGUUAUUCAGGAGGCUCCUGGACUUCCAAAGACUCGCUCUGGAAAAGUCACUCGUCGUAUUCUGCGCAAGAUUGCCGAAGGAUCGGAAAGCGGAAUCGGAGACACGACCACUUUGGUUGACGAAUCCGUCAUCAAACAACUCAUCUCGGGACGUUCUGCGAGAGCCUAA